CACCGACAUGCCUCUAGCCAGAGAUCUCUUGCAUCCCUCCCUAGAGGAGGAGAAGAAGAAACAUAAGAAGAAGCGGCUGGUUCAGAGUCCAAACUCCUAUUUUAUGGAUGUCAAAUGUCCAGGUUGCUACAAGAUCACCAGUUUCAGCCAUGCUCAGACAGUGGUCCUGUGUGUGGGCUGUUCCACAGAGUUAUGCCAGCCCACGGGAGGGAAGGCCAGACUUACAGAAGGUUGUUCAUUUAGAAGAAAGCAACACUAAUGACCUACACAACUUCUUUAAUUUGUGUCAUAUCCCAGGAAGCCUUAUCAGUUGAGUAAUUCUAAUUAAUCUACUGAGAUAAUGUAAUUACAUUCAAUUUUGUAAGUAUACCACAAUGAUCUCCUAUUUUGGUGUCAGUUUUUCAAUAAAGUUUUGAUUAUGGACAAAAAGAA